AUGACUGAAUUUAAGUCUUCGGCAUUGAAAUGCAUUGUUAUUGGAUCAAGUGGCGUAGGCAAAACAGCUUUACUGAAGAGGCUUACCGAGAACAAGUUUUACGAACAGCUUCAAUCAACAAUUGGAGUCGAAUAUGAAACUACAACUAUAGAAGUGGAUGGCGAUAAAAUAAAACUCAAUAUAUGGGAUACUGCUGGUCAGGAAAAGUUCAGAUCAAUUUCCCGUGCUUAUUUUAGAGAAGCAAUGUGCGUACUUCUCGUUUUUAGUCUAACAGAUAAGCAAUCCUUUGAAGACAUGAGUCAGUGGUUAUCCGAUGUACGCCAGUUAUGUGAUCACAAGGCAUCAAUCUUAAUUGUUGCAAAUAAAAGCGAUUUGACAGAGACAAGGGUAAUCUCUGCAGCAGAAAUCAGUAAAUUUGCCGAAAGUCGAAACCUUGAAUAUCUUGAAACAUCAGCUUAUACUGGAACAAACGUUAGAGAAGCAUUUGUUCGAGCUACAGCCAAAAUUUGGAGGCAACUUAAGUUAGAACAGCCAGAAUUGAAUAAGGUUGACUUAGGAAAGACAAACGAUAAAAAAAAGAAAUGCUGCUGA